CUGCAUUCCUCCUUCACUGGCGGUCGAUUCAGCUCGAGAUCUCAAUGCUUGUCACCGCUUGAGACAAUUGCCAGCGACUUGACAGCCCACCCCACGAUCCUUUCUCUAUACAAGCUCUCCGCCAUGGCUGAGCAAGAUGAGGUUGCGAGCAAGGUCUUGCGGCGAGCUCAGGUCUCAAAGAUGACCAGGACGCUACAGAACAGACUUGCUCUGGCGAACGUCAAGAUCAAGAACGGCUGGGAGAGCCUCAGCCUCGACGCAAUUGAGCCCGUCAUCGAUGUGGAGCUCAAGCGUAAGCGCCCUGGCUCCAGCAACGAAGCCAUGUCAGAUGCCUCGAGUGUCUCCGAGCGCUUCUACCAGCCAGGCGUACUCGACUCUUCCCCGCUCGCCGCCUCCAUAUUCUCAGAUGACGUUCGACGAUCAGGGACCCCCUCUGUCAGCAGUGACCGCCAGCACAAGCGUCCCCGCUACGACAAACCCAUCAGCCGAUACCCAGCAUCGAGCAACCACACCCGCAACAAGGUCAUGCGAUCUGCCACAACGGCUUCGUCCUCAUGGAAGAACAACUUCCACCUACCCGAGUCCUCGCCGGUAUACCAUCGCAGACACGCACGUUUCGGUCGAACCCACGUGCCCAGUCUCUCCUUUGUCUCGGAGACAUCAACCAUCCCCGACGACCCCCGAUCCCCUCUCCUGUCCGAAGAAGAUGACGAAGAUCUUCCCAUCUCCUCGUUCCAGAUCAGCAAAUCACACUUCGCAACGUCGCCGAUUCGAGCUCGAGCUCCACGCACACCGCCGCCAGACGUGGCCCGCUCGGCUCGUCUUCGUCAGAGGGGCUUCACUGCCGCUGGCGCUGCUCGUGAAGGGAAACAUGGCGAAGACGAUGCGAACCUGCUGGCGUACCUGGCCACAUCACCAACACCAGUUCGAGCAGGCUCUGUGAAGCACCAGAUGCAGGCUCCCUCCACCCCACCUUCAAAGACAACGCCCUUGCCAUCGUCUAUGAUGUCAACGCCUGGAGGCAGCGGACAAUCAUACGGUGGCUUCGGACUUGCUACAACACCCGGAAACAACCUUAACUUUGCCGAAUUUCUGAACAUGACACCAAGCCCGGCACAAGCACAAUUUGGCUCAUCAUGGAAUCGUACACCAGUCACAGGCAAAACACCUGCCGCAGUGCGUGAAGCCAGACGCCGGAUCAACUUCGACAACCUUGUGCCUCCUACUGGCGAUGGUCCACGGCUCAUCACUAAGGUCGAAGGCCUUGGUAUGGACCUUGGAGGCGAGCUGGUUUCCUGAGGAAGCGCACAAGCAUCCACAUCUAUUUAUCGACACCCUCAAGAUGUGAGGAGCGAACAACGACCCUGUAACGACCCUGGAUACCUUAUAUAUGUCCAGCCUAUGUUGUUGGUCCUACACCCCGAUACGGCACCCUACUUUCUUGACUUUCUUGCUUGUGAUAUCGUUUGUUUAGCAUGGCGUUAUACGGGCGGCACCCCCACGUUGCACUGCUUACUGUUUGGCGAAGCUUUGCAUUGCUCACAUUUUGGAGCGUCAUUUUGGAUCUCGGAAGAUCACAAACACUUUCCACGUCGGUCUUCACAUUUGAAGGAUUUCAUUUUGGGCGACAUGAGCAACACAGCAAGCGCUCUGUACCACAAGCGUCCGGCAUCACACCAGGCAGCAAGGCUGACCGUGGAAAUGAUUUUCUUUGUUCCCCCAGCACGAUGGACCGUUGGAGGAAGGCCCUGCAGGACAAUGAAGGAGACUGUGUCGCCUCAGAUGGUGC